AUGAAUUUGAGGAAAGUUUCUUAAUAAUCAUAUUUUUUAAAUAAAGAUUCUAAGCCUUAAAAUUAGAAAAACAAGGUUGCUAAUUAGAAAAAAGUAAAGUCAAUAUAUGAAUAUGAAAAAUAAAAUUUGAAAGAGUAAUUUGAAUAAAAUCAAAGUAAUCAUCAAACUUAAAUAAAUCAAGAGACGAAUGAGAUAACUGUUUCUGAUUUUGAAACAUCUUCACAUUUGGAGAAAAAAUGUAAAAUUUACAUAAUUAAAGUAAUUAGCAAUCCAAGGGUUAAAAGAAAACAUUUUUCACCAAUAUUUAGAACAAAUAAUAUAACAAUAGAUCAUAAUACUUCUAAAUACUAAUUAUCUUUAUCAAGAGAUAAGUUAUUGAGUAAUGAUGUUAUAAGUUUGUGGGAUUCAAAUUAAAGAGAAAAUAAAUAAUCUUACAAUAGUUUUUAGUUUGAGGAUAAAUAAACAUUAAUUAGCAAAGGUUCAAAGAAAAAGUUAGAGAAUGGGAUUUAAUUUUAGAAAUAAUUAGAUGAAUUUCUUAAGAUAAAACACUAAAACACAUAAACAACUUUCGAUUGUACCAAACUGAAAAAAUUGGAAAAAAGAAAACUUUAAAUUAAAAUUAACAUUGAAUAUUAGAUUGAUUAAAGCAUUGAUAAAUAAAACAAUGAAAAAGAAUGCUAAUUUAAUAAUAUGGAUGGUCAAAAAUAAGAGAUAUAUACUUAAUUAAAUAAUUUGUAAGAAUAAAAAGAAAAAUAAAAUUCAAAAAGAUCAAGUUCUGUUAAAAGCAAUCCUUUAAUUCCUAUCCAUAUAAGAUAUUAAUAUGAGAAAGAAUAUAAAGAGGCAAUAUAAAAAUCUAAUGAAAAAUUGAAUGAAUAAUAAUAUAAUUAAAGUAUAAGUCUUUAUUAAUAUUUAAGAAAAAAAGGUAAGUAAGGAUUAAAUAGAAGAGUUUUUUAAAGAGCAAUAAAAGUUUAUUAAGAAGAGAGCUCAAUUUUUUGAAAAGGAAUUUGAAAAAAAACUUUGGGAAGUUUCUUAAAAUGAAAAUGAGUUUCUUUAUAAACCAGUACUUAAUGAAUAAUCAACUCGAGUAUUUCUAUAAAAUUUUAUGUUAGAUUUUAGAUAAGAAAUUAAAAGGAAAGAAUUUUGAUUAAAGAAUAGAGCAAUUUUAAUAAAAUAGAUAAAAUAAAAUAUAAGAAUAAAUUUAGAGUAUGAUACCGUCAUUCACUCCUACAAUAAGUAAAAAGUCUAGAAAAGUAAUAAUUGAAUAUUAUAUAAGUUAAUGGAAAAUCCAAAAUAAAGAUUAACAUUAUCAAACAAAAAGGGAUUUUAAUAAUAAAAUUUGAGAGUAAAGACUUAAGAAGAAUAAUGA